AUGCAAUCUGUGAGGUUCUGUGGAUUUGCCGAUGUCAUUAUCAUAUCUCUGCGGGGAAUCGGGCUAUGGAGUCGGUCCUCAAAACACCCGACUCCGACUCCUUGUGCAUCCAACUCCAACACUAACUCCAACAGCAACUCCAACUCCAACACAUACACAACACCAACUCCAACUCCAACACCGACUCCAACUCCAACGCCUACUCCAACACCAACUCCAACUCCGACUGCGAUCCCUAGGACAAAGGGCUUCAACCGAGCUUCAAAUGCCCGGAAAAUUAGUCUUACCACGGACCUUGUUUGUUCCUUUGUGAUGCUCGUCCUUUCCUACAGUUGGGUCUAUGUCUAUAUCUCAGUUGGUGGUUCUGUGUCUUUGGUUGCUACAGAUGACCCAAGUUCAGAGACUACCGCCACCCCUGCCUUUGUUAGUAAUAAAGUACUGGAGCCCAUUACCACCCAUGAACAUAGCACCAUAAGAAUUCCUAACACCAUCACCACAAAAAUAAAAAUCACCACUAAAAUUAUUUAUCUCCUAUCAUGCCACCACCACCACAUAACACAUAACACCACCACUUCCAUCACCACAUCAGGGGCUCUCCCACCACCUAACACUACCACCACAACCCCCAUCACCAUACACCAGACCCCUCUCUAUCAACACCACACACUACCAUCUACCAUCGCCACACACCAGACGCCCUCUCACUACCACCACACUACACCUCCAAAUACACCCUCACCAGACCCUACCAUCACCACACAUCACCACUCUCACCACCAUCCACCACCACACUCCCCAGUGACACUCCGUCAUCCCCAGUUAGCGUCCCAGCUCCUCUGCAAUGUCGUGGGUUCGUUAUGGUGCAAUUGCAAAUGCGGCAAAGCAGAUGUUCUGGUUCAUGCUACAACUCUGCAGGAGAUAUUUACUGAAUGGGCGGAGUGCAGCUGA